UAAUUUUUCCCAACUUAAUUCCGAUCCAAAGUUUUCGCUUUUUCUCCGAGACUUCUUCAAUACUUCGUUGGAAAUAAUUAAAUACACGUCAUGCAUUCUGGGAGGCCGACUGCUCUUCUUAUUUCGAUUAAAAAUUGUUUUUAUAUUUAAAAAAUAUAAGAACCGGUAAAUUUAUCUCUGAGUAGAAGUUUAGAUAAAAAUAUCGUAUGAGCGGCAUAACACAUUCGUCGUAACAAACCAUGGGUACAAGAUAUUCAAGUCUGAGAAUUUAAUCGACAUCAUUUUUGUACAAAAUGGCUCCAGACGCUGAUUCUGCAUGAUCGAUAAUUUACGCAUGCGUCAUCAAUUAUUAACCCUUCAGACAUAGACAUUCAGACCAGACGUACCUACAUUGCAGUUUGUUGCAUGUAGUGAACGUAUAAAUCUUCGUGAGCCCGUAAGUCACUAUCAAUAAGGUCGGGAAUUGUUUGGAGCAAAAUAAAUCACCGGGGAAGCGCGUACCCCGCCACCCUCUUUGGCGCAUCGCUCGAUAAAUCAUAGGACCCAACCACUUGCGUCCUGGAUCGUGGCUGUGCGGACGACCAACAGGUCUCCCAACUUCAGCUCGAAGAAGCCAAUUUAUCCGAAGGAUCACCCAGCUUGAGCAAAGAAUAAAAUGGCUUUGAGACAAAAAACGGUGCCAAUACUGACUACGGCCGGUCCUCGCGGUUCUUGCGCCGGAAGCAGUGAUCGCAGGAGUUCUGGUGAUUCUCCUGAGGAAGCAGAAGAGUUUCAAGAUGCUACGGAAUAUCAUCCAACAUACGACAUGGAUUUACAUAUCUCCUUCGAGGAUUGCGAAGUGGCCAUACAUAAAUUUUUCAAUAAUGACUUAGUUGGGGCUAUGAACAUAAUGAGACCAUGGGCACGUACUUCUUUGUACCAUAGUCUGGGUGCGUCCAUUUUUGAGUUCAUACCGGCGAUGUUGACUUUUGACCACGAACAAAUCGGUCGGUCAAUUGUUGCACUGAAGCAGUGCAUUACAAUUUGUAACAAAAAUCGCAAGAGUUUCUCCUUAGUGGAGAGUCUCGGUACCAUUAUAAAAAAGCCCAAUUACGCGUUGUACACGGAUUUGGAGGCUCAUGCGGAACUGUGCUACGCUGAAGCUCUACUCCUCCAAGCCGCCAUGACAAUCAUGGAAGGCGAAGAUUUAACUGGCCUCAUUAAAGGCACUAUUAAAGUGAAGAGCUGUUAUAACACCUACAAGGAAUGCUCUAAGAUCUUAGAAAAGAAACAAUGGGACACUGAUGAGUCGAAAAGGCACUUCCAAAGCGGAGUUCGCCUCGGUAUGGCUACGUUCAAUGUCAUGAUUUCGCUGCUGCCUCCAAAAAUCAUAAGUCUGCUGGAAUUUGUGGGCUUCUCAGGAAACAAGGCGCUGGGUCUGUCUGAACUUCAAGCAGCGUCUCGAUCGCCGGGCAUGAGGUCUGUAUUGUGCGAUCUGACAUUGCUCGGGUACCAUCUCGUCAUAUGCCAUUUCGUCGGAGCCUCUGGAGAUCUGAAAGUCUGCGAAGAAAUACUCGAGAAAAUACUCAAGAUAUACCCCGAGAGCGUUUGGUUCUUAGUGUUCAAAGGGAGACUGGAAUUCCUUCGCGGCCUCUUUGAACCGGCGAUAAGCACCUACAACUGUGCUUUGAAUAGCCAGCAUAAUUUCAAGCAGUUCCGCCAUCUAUGCUUCUGGGAGAUCAUGUGGGUCAAUAGCUUGAAAAUGGAGUGGCGUGAAGCAGCACAAUACGCUACUAAACUAAUGGAUGAGAGCUCAUGGUCCCGUACCAUUUACUCGUACACCAAGGCGGCGAUGCUGCUGCAACUCGGAAGCGAUAUGACCCCAAACGAGAAACACCAGUGCAAUGAAUUGUUAAGGAAUUGUUCCUUUUACAAACAACGCAUAGCCGGAAAAUCAUUGCCUAUGGAAAAAUUCAUGAUUAAGCGCGCUGCUCGAUACUACACACAGGGAGGGCGCCUAGUGCUGCCGGCUAUUGAACUACUCUGCCUAUGGAACAUGUUCGGCAUACUCACCUACAAUUCAAGAGGAGCACAAUACGUACUCAAAGUGAUCGAAGUGACCCGCGAGCGUGUCGAGGAUCAUCGGUUUGAUUGGAUGGGCAUUUAUAUUGCUGACAACCGCGCCUUGCUGCGCUAUAUGCACGGAUGCUGUCUGGCCGCCAUGGGUCUGCCUCGUCUGGCUCUCAACAGUUUCGACGCUGUAUUCCAGCUGAAGAGUGAAAUUAAAGAAGAUACAUUUCUGUUCCCGUACACUGUGGUCGAAGUAGCAAUGUGCCACUACCAACUAGGGGAUAAAGAUAAAGCUGUUCAGCUCUUAAACGAGGCUAGAAGGAAGUACUCAGGAUACUCUUUGGAAUCGCGGCUACAUUUCCGCAUUCACUCCAAGAUGGAUCUGGUGAAGGCCGAUAUCGCAGCCGAGGAAGCUACGAAGACUGCAUCAAAAGCUACAACCGUUACAACACAUGUGCAACACACAACUGCUGUUUAAGCAGUUGUCGUCACGUUCAAACAAACCGCUCGUGUUAUAGCAAAACGACCACGAUAUAACUGCGAAUUGCCGGUUCAAUGAUAUCGUUGCCAGUAUUCAAACGUCAUACAAGGUGUUGCCAUUUUAUUUUAUUUUUAAUUAACGUAGUCGCGAAGUGUGGAGUUCAGUAGCGUACUUACCAGCGGGCAGAAAAACCUCUGAACAACUGUUAUUCAUUUGUUAACUGUGCCCGAAUAAAAUAGUAUCUUGAGACAAGAAGUUUAAGUCUGAAUUACAUUGGAAUAAAAUUGGGGUAAAAUACUUUUUACUCUCUCGAUGUUAUGUAUAAGUAUUCUAAUUAUAGAACGCUCAUUAUUUAUCCUGCACUUUGCUUACUUUUCUAAUUUAGACUUUAACAGCUUGAGAACUUUAUGAUUAAUAUCUAUGAGAUAAACAGUAAUUCAUAUACUUAUUUAUUUCAUUAAACUGGAAAAGUGACAUUCAGUUGAAAUUUUAUAAAUUAUGUAAAUUUUAUUAAAUAACGGUGGAAACAUAGUUUCUGUUGCUUCCAAAAUUAUAUUUAUUUUUAAAAUCUUAAAAAUUAUGCCAACUCAAGAACGUGAUAAAUGUAUUUAACAGGGUCGUUGUGUACCAAUAUUUAAAACUGAAAUUUGAUACUCAAUUAAUUUUUUUAUUUAAGAACGUAAUUUAAUUUCUUUGAGUAUUUUUUCGAGUUUAUUAUUUCGUUGUGAGAGCACAAAUUUUACGUUUGUUAUUGAUAACAAAAUAUUUUAAGUCCUAUAUUUGUUUAAGUCAAUUUUAUUUCUAAUUCCACUACUGUGAAAAUAUGUUGAUUUCUCUCCGUCCGUUUAAUUUGUUGUGAUUAUAAUUGUAUGCAGUGUUAUUUGGCAGUAUUAUUUGUCUCUGUAGGUCUCAAUCAUAUGAUGUAGCUAAAACUAUUUCUUAAAUUGUUAUUUUUGUAAAUUUUUGUUGGAACUCAAUGACUUAUGUCGUGUUUAAAAAAAAGGUUUUUAUAAAACUUAAAUUCAAAUUUGUACUUAAAUUUAAGCGUCGAUUCUAGUCUGAUAAACGACUGUUUAAAUUAAGUAUUGGCAUCAAAUACGACGAUGCGUGUCUUGUCCGUAUACAAGCUUGUCAUCCAGUCAAAAUUACUCUAAUCAACCGAUAAUUGAACUACGAGUACAAAACAUAAUUAUAUCUCGAUACCUGAUUACGCGGUACAUGUUUUAAUCUAUUGACAGAACACAUUUGAAAUCUAAUAAGAAUUGAAAUUAACCAUAUAUAAUGCUGUUCAAUAAAAUAUAUAAUAAUAUUAAUACUAUGAAAACAAUUUUUUCUCACUGUUAUCAAAUACCUACUACUAAGUCUUAGUUCAAUUUGGAUGACUUUUUUUAUGUUUUUUUCUUUCGUUUACGAGUUUUAUGAUCGCAUCAGCUUUGCCGCACUAGAUUAUAACUUUUAUUAAUUUCAUGAAAUCUAAUUGUAUAAUAAUUUAUACAUGUUAAUAAUAUAUUGAAUAAAAAUUAUUUUAAAUUAAUAUAAAUUUAAUUAACAUGUGGUGCCAACAUUAACUUAAAAUAUGACGGGACUAGUUCUCUAGUUAACAUAUUAGGAACAUUCAAAAUGAGUUCAGAGGCUUAGACAGGAUCGAUACAAGAUAUUAUUAUCUACUUUAUGUAAAAAUUGCUAUUACAUUUUAGGUUAUUUUAGUGUAAUUCUAGACUGUUUAUGCAUUAGUUUCCUAGAAAAUUAUGUGAAUGUGGUCUAAGAGAGACCUAUUGUAAUAAUUUGAAACGAUUAAUUCGAGAAGUUAAAUAAUAUGACUCUUGAUCUUUACUAGUAUCGAUCUCACAAGUUUUAACUGUCUUAACAGUUAUUCGUGGUUGUUAACAUUGAUUCAAUGUUCAAUAAAAUAUACUUACUAGUAAAAUACUCAUAAAAAAUCAUUUCUACAAUUGAUGUAUGCAUCAUUGGUUGGAAUGAUGUUACGCAUAUUUCUUCUUACUAGUUUUUCAUCUCAGUACCUACCUGAUUGAGUUUCAAGGGUAAUUUAGAUGUUAGUACAAUAUUUAAAUUAAGUAUUACGUGUUUCAUUUUCUCUUUGUUUUGUUAGUGAAAUAUAUUUUGAAAAAAAUUAAGGGGAUCCCAAUUUUUUUGGUAAUAAAAUGUUACCCGACAAUAUUUUGUCAACAAAACAAAAAUGGAUGAUGACACACAAAAAAGUAAAAUGUAUUAAAUUAUUUUGUCUUUGCCUAUUUAUAUGAGUACAUACGGCGUGUUUACCAAAUAGCCAGUUAGUUAUGCAGGCCACAAUUUUAGACUAUGUUCCUGAAAUUUUUAGAAAACAACAACUUAGGCAUCUUGCAAUGAACAUGAACAAGCUAACCAAUUUUUAUUAUUCAUCAAAAUAUUUUUUACUACAGCACUUCAAACUAAGGAAUUAAGACAUAACGCUCAUUAAAAUAUGGUAAAGAAUAUUAAUUAAAAAUGUGUAAUUUAAAAUUAAGAACCAUGCUUAGAUAAAUAACAAACCAAACUAACAAUUCAUUUUAUGCUGUUUAUUUAUACGUGUCGAAAAUAUUAAUCUUGAAGUCUAUGAAAAUGACUUUCGAUGACUCCGUUACAUACCCACGUACAUAUCAAGUUUCUAAAAGCGUUUAAAAAAACACAUUCGAAAAAACCGCGUAAAAAUCGAUUCUAUAAAUAGCAUGCUAGUACGUAACUAUAUGAAUCAUAUGUUUUGUGCUGUAUGGUCAUUUCAAAGUAGUCAUUUUAUGGCUACUUUGAAUAGCUUUAUUGAAGCCAUUCUUGUUCCUAUCAUCUCCCGCUUCGCAGACAGGAAAAUCGAAAUCUGAAAAGUACGUUGCGAGCUCCAACACAAAUUAAGAUUUCUCUCGGGUGAGCUGAACUACAUUAUCUGGAAAUUUUCGUGUGAAUUAUGAAUACACAGGAGUUAUAGAGGUAGACGGGCUACCGAAAUAUCAGUAAAGAAUAAAAAUUCCCUAAAUAGUUUGGUUCCUACUUUACUUUACACAUUUUACGAUCGGUUAUAUUAUUUCUUUGAAUUGUUGAUUCAGUUUUGCUCAUUAAAAGCUAGUCAUGUCUAAUAGUAAUAAAGUGAUAUGCACUUAACAUCAAAUUAAAUUACGUAUUUCUCGACCUGUACUUCAGGCGGCGAAGUUUUUCAAUAUAUUCAGUCUUUGUAAUCAUUAAUCAUAGCAUUUGAAUUGUCUAUUUUAAUAUUAAAUAUUGUAAUAAAUAAUAAACAUUUGGUAUUUAUUCGUAAUAUUGUAGAUCUAAUUAAUAUUUUACCUAAUACAAUUUAAUUGUUUAAUGUGUAUUUGUAAAACAAUGUACCAUCAAUGGGUGCGUAUACUCUUCUUUUUAAAAUUAAGAAUAAUCACGAUAUCUAUGUUUCGACAUCUCUUGGUGCCGAAGCACGACGACUUUUGUCUGUAGUUUGUAUUGUAGAAUUUUGUAGGGUGCUUAAUGAAAAUCCUAUAUUUUGGUGUUUUCGAUGAAUUUUUACUAUUAAAUCUUAAGGUUUUAUUUUCCUUAUUCCACAUUGGUGUUCUCCAAGUUACAAAAAGCGUAUUAAUUAAAACUAUGAUCUUGAAAUACCCCAUGACCAAAUGAAAAAAUUACAUGUUUGCCAUACAUACGUUUUAAUCAUUUAAAAUCUUUGUUAUUUUUGAUACUUUUCUCUUAUUGUUAGUUUUUAGAUAUAGAUUAAGACUAUUUUAUCAACAAAUGAUAUUUUUCCCUGACUGAAGUCUGUUUAUUUGUAUGAAAAUUAUAUUGUAUUACAUUACAAUUUUAGCGUGUGCUCAUAUUUGAAAUGUCUCCUCCCUGGAAGGGUAUUUAAUAAUU